AUGACUCCGUUUAGUCUCUCUCCUUUCUCUUCCUUACUCCUCCCUGCAACUCACUACCUUCCAGCCUCACGGUCACCCAGAACGAAGACGUGUGCACCUGUCAUCAGUGCACCUGUCAUCAGUGCACCUGUCAUCAGUGCACCUGUCAUCAGUGCACCUGUCAUCAGUGCACCUGUCAUCAGUGCACCUGUCAUCAGUGCACCUGUCAUCAGUGCACCUGUCAUCAGUGCACCUGUCAUCAGUGCACCUGUCAUCAGUGCACCUGUCAUCAGUGCACCUGUCAUCAGUGCACCUGUCAUCAGUGCACCUGUCAUCAGUGCACCUGUCAACGAUGCACCUGUCAUCAGUGCACCUGUCAUCAGUGCACCUGUCAUCAGUGCACCUGUCAUCAGUGCACCUGUCAUCAGUGCAUCUGUCAACAGUGCACCUGUCAUCAGUGCACCUGUCAUCAGUGCACCUGUCAUCAUUGCACCUGUCAACAGCGCACCUGUCAUCAGUGCACCUGUCAUCAGUGCACCUGUCAUCAGUGCACCUGUCAUCAGUGCACCUGUCAUCAGUGCACCUGUCAUCAGUGCACCUGUCAUCAGUGCACCUGUCAUCAGUGCACCUGUCAUCAGUGCACCUGUCAUCAGUGCACCUGUCAUCAGUGCACCUGUCAUCAGUGCACCUGUCAUCAGUGCACCUGUCAUCAGUGCACCUGUCAUCAGUGCACCUGUCAUCAGUGCACCUGUCAUCAGUGCACCUGUCAUCAGUGCACCUGUCAUCAUUGCACCUGUCAACAGUGCUUCUGUCAUCAGCGCAUCUGUCAUCAGUGCACCUGUCAUCAGUGCACCUGUCAUCAGUGCACCUGUCAUCAGUGCACCUGUCAUCAGUGCACCUGUCAUCAGUGCACCUGUCAUCAGUGCACCUGUCAACAGCGCACCUGUCAUCAGUGCACCUGUCAUCAGUGCACCUGUCAUCAGUGCACCUGUCAUCAGUGCACCUGUCAUCAGUGCACCUGUCAUCAGUGCACCUGUCAUCAGUGCACCUGUCAUCAGUGCACCUGUCAUCAGUGCACCUGUCAUCAGUGCACCUGUCAUCAGUGCACCUGUCAUCAGUGCACCUGUCAUCAGUGCACCUGUCAUCAGUGCACCUGUCAUCAGUGCACCUGUCAUCAGUGCACCUGUCAUCAGUGCACCUGUCAUCAGUGCACCUGUCAUCAGUGCACCUGUCAUCAGUGCACCUGUCAUCAGUGCACCUGUCAUCAGUGCACCUGUCAUCAGUGCACCUGUCAUCAGUGCACCUGUCAUCAGUGCACCUGUCAUCAGUGCACCUGUCAUCAGUGCACCUGUCAUCAGUGCACCUGUCAUCAGUGCACCUGUCAUCAGUGCACCUGUCAUCAGUGCACCUGUCAUCAGUGCACCUGUCAUCAGUGCACCUGUCAUCAGUGCACCUGUCAUCAGUGCACCUGUCAUCAGUGCACCUGUCAUCAGUGCACCUGUCAUCAGUGCACCUGUCAUCAGUGCACCUGUCAUCAGUGCACCUGUCAUCAGUGCACCUGUCAUCAGUGCACCUGUCAUCAGUGCACCUGUCAUCAGUGCACCUGUCAUCAGUGCACCUGUCAUCAGUGCACCUGUCAUCAGUGCACCUGUCAUCAGUGCACCUGUCAUCAGUGCACCUGUCAUCAGUGCACCUGUCAUCAGUGCACCUGUCAUCAGUGCACCUGUCAUCAGUGCACCUGUCAUCAGUGCACCUGUCAUCAGUGCACCUGUCAUCAGUGCACCUGUCAUCAGUGCACCUGUCAUCAGUGCACCUGUCAUCAGUGCACCUGUCAUCAGUGCACCUGUCAUCAGUGCACCUGUCAUCAGUGCACCUGUCAUCAGUGCACCUGUCAACAGUGCACCUGUCACCAGUGCACCUGUCAUCAGUGCGUCUGUCAUCAGUGCACCUGUCAUCAGUGCACCUGUCACACCUGUCAUCAGUGCACCUGUCAUCAGUGCACCUGUCAUCAGUGCACCUGUCAUCAGUGCACCUGUCAUCAGUGCACCUGUCAUCAGUGCACCUGUCAUCAGUGCACCUGUCAUCAGUGCACCUGUCAUCAGUGCACCUGUCAUCAGUGCACCUGUCAUCAGUGCACCUGUCAUCAGUGCACCUGUCAUCAGUGCACCUGUCAUCAGUGCACCUGUCAUCAGUGCACCUGUCAUCAGUGCACCUGUCAUCAGUGCACCUGUCAUCAGUGCACCUGUCAUCAGUGCACCUGUCAUCAGUGCACCUGUCAUCAGUGCACCUGUCAUCAGUGCACCUGUCAUCAGUGCACCUGUCAUCAGUGCACCUGUCAUCAGUGCACCUGUCAUCAGUGCACCUGUCAUCAGUGCACCUGUCAUCAGUGCACCUGUCAUCAGUGCACCUGUCAUCAGUGCACCUGUCAUCAGUGCACCUGUCAUCAGUGCACCUGUCAUCAGUGCACCUGUCAUCAGUGCACCUGUCAUCAGUGCACCUGUCAUCAGUGCACCUGUCAUCAGUGCACCUGUCAUCAGUGCACCUGUCAUCAGUGCACCUGUCAUCAGUGCACCUGUCAUCAGUGCACCUGUCAUCAGUGCACCUGUCAUCAGUGCACCUGUCAUCAGUGCACCUGUCAUCAGUGCACCUGUCAUCAGUGCACCUGUCAUCAGUGCACCUGUCAUCAGUGCACCUGUCAUCAGUGCACCUGUCAUCAGUGCACCUGUCAUCAGUGCACCUGUCAUCAGUGCACCUGUCAUCAGUGCACCUGUCAUCAGUGCACCUGUCAUCAGUGCACCUGUCAUCAGUGCACCUGUCAUCAGUGCACCUGUCAUCAGUGCACCUGUCAUCAGUGCACCUGUCAUCAGUGCACCUGUCAUCAGUGCACCUGUCAUCAGUGCACCUGUCAUCAGUGCACCUGUCAUCAGUGCACCUGUCAUCAGUGCACCUGUCAUCAGUGCACCUGUCAUCAGUGCACCUGUCAUCAGUGCACCUGUCAUCAGUGCACCUGUCAUCAGUGCACCUGUCAUCAGUGCACCUGUCAUCAGUGCACCUGUCAUCAGUGCACCUGUCAUCAGUGCACCUGUCAUCAGUGCACCUGUCAUCAGUGCACCUGUCAUCAGUGCACCUGUCAUCAGUGCACCUGUCAUCAGUGCACCUGUCAUCAGUGCACCUGUCAUCAGUGCACCUGUCAUCAGUGCAUCUGUCAACAGUGCACCUGUCAUCAGUGCACCUGUCAUCAGUGCACCUGUCAUCAUUGCACCUGUCAACAGCGCACCUGUCAUCAGUGCACCUGUCAUCAGUGCACCUGUCAUCAGUGCACCUGUCAUCAGUGCACCUGUCAUCAGUGCACCUGUCAUCAGUGCACCUGUCAUCAGUGCACCUGUCAUCAGUGCACCUGUCAUCAGUGCACCUGUCAUCAGUGCACCUGUCAUCAGUGCACCUGUCAUCAGUGCACCUGUCAUCAGUGCACCUGUCAUCAGUGCACCUGUCAUCAGUGCACCUGUCAUCAGUGCACCUGUCAUCAGUGCACCUGUCAUCAGUGCACCUGUCAUCAGUGCACCUGUCAUCAGUGCACCUGUCAUCAGUGCACCUGUCAUCAGUGCACCUGUCAUCAGUGCACCUGUCAUCAGUGCACCUGUCAUCAGUGCACCUGUCAUCAGUGCACCUGUCAUCAGUGCACCUGUCAUCAGUGCACCUGUCAUCAGUGCACCUGUCAUCAGUGCACCUGUCAUCAGUGCACCUGUCAUCAGUGCACCUGUCAUCAGUGCACCUGUCAUCAGUGCACCUGUCAUCAGUGCACCUGUCAUCAGUGCACCUGUCAUCAGUGCACCUGUCAUCAGUGCACCUGUCAUCAGUGCACCUGUCAUCAGUGCACCUGUCAUCAGUGCACCUGUCAUCAGUGCACCUGUCAUCAGUGCACCUGUCAUCAGUGCACCUGUCAUCAGUGCACCUGUCAUCAGUGCACCUGUCAUCAGUGCACCUGUCAUCAGUGCACCUGUCAUCAGUGCACCUGUCAUCAGUGCACCUGUCAUCAGUGCACCUGUCAUCAGUGCACCUGUCAUCAGUGCACCUGUCAUCAGUGCACCUGUCAUCAGUGCACCUGUCAUCAGUGCACCUGUCAUCAGUGCACCUGUCAUCAGUGCACCUGUCAUCAGUGCACCUGUCAUCAGUGCACCUGUCAUCAGUGCACCUGUCAUCAGUGCACCUGUCAUCAGUGCACCUGUCAUCAGUGCACCUGUCAUCAGUGCACCUGUCAUCAGUGCACCUGUCAUCAGUGCACCUGUCAUCAGUGCACCUGUCAUCAGUGCACCUGUCAUCAGUGCACCUGUCAUCAGUGCACCUGUCAUCAGUGCACCUGUCAUCAGUGCACCUGUCAUCAGUGCACCUGUCAUCAGUGCACCUGUCAUCAGUGCACCUGUCAUCAGUGCACCUGUCAUCAGUGCACUAUGCAUCCUCCAUCCGCCAUCAUGCCCGUAUAUUCGACUCUUUUGCCUCUCAUUGUGUUUGCCCUUGCUGCGCCGAAUACCUCCCAUCAUUGCACAUCUCUUCAUGUCUAACUGUGCUUUUCCUAACGCGUAA